UACGGGCUCUACGACAACUGCUCCUGAGUUUCGCAGGCUGCUGGAGCAGAUAGGUCUUUCACCUGUGACCCUAACGUACUGGAGCGGAUGGAGACCACCUUUAAAUUUGUUAUGGCCGGGACAACGACUCUCAAACUAGGCUAUGGGUGAAGAAUUUCUCGGGUGGGGACGGGAUGUUAACAAUUUGGAUUUCCGAGCGCACCCCGAAACUCUGACGCACUGGAGCUCGCUUGGCUCCAGGACUUGUAUCUUAGCAAGCUUUCCGGGGAAUUCUGACCCAGGUGGCCUGCCGGUCACAGCAGUUUUGAGGUUUUUUUUUACAAAUCGAUUUAGCAAACCUAUCCCGCCCACGGCCAGCCCCAAGGAACCUAGGGUCUUGGGGCUCGCCGGGCGGCCCCGCCUCUCGUCUCGAAUUGGCUGCUCGCUCGUCCCGUCAUGCAGAUAAAUCUUCCUUUCUGGUUGGUCAGCAGGGCAUCUGGAGAAAUCUUACCCAAUGGGCGUUAUUGUUCUCAGAACGAGACCUGGAAAUUGGUCUCGAGCAGACGCCUUUGGCUGUGGACGCUCAACUUGCGCGGUAAAACUUCCGGCGUGGGCGCCGAACGUUUAGUUAUGCGUGAGUCCGCGACGCUGUGAAAAGCGUGGCGCUCAGGUCUUUCCCUAGGGAGGUCCUGGGGAGGCCUUGGCAGGGCGCUGGCGCGGCGGUCCCGAGCAUCUACUGAGGCCAAGGCUUCGGAAGCGGCUGCAAUCCGGCUGGAGCUGGCUCUGCUACCGGGACUUGAAGCCCAGGGUCCUCUGGCUCCUGCGGACGCUGGCCGUCGCUGUGUGAAGUGGGGGCUCCUUUGCAGGAGGGCCCACCUGGUUUCCGGGGUAAGGCACUUUGAGUGCAGGGCGAUGGCGUCGGGCUUGGGCUCCCAGGACCAGGAAGGGCUCCUGAUAGUGAAAUUGGAGGAGGACUGCGCCUGGAGCCAGGAACUGCUGCCACCGGAUCCGAGGCCCAGCCCGGAGGCCUCCCACCUGCGCUUUAGACGUUUUCGCUUCCAAGAGGCCGCUGGGCCCCGGGAAGCCCUCAGUCGUCUCCAGGAGCUUUGCCAUGGGUGGCUGCGGCCUGAGAUGCGCACCAAGGAGCAGAUCCUAGAGCAGCUGGUGCUGGAGCAGUUUCUCAUCAUCCUGCCUCAGGAGAUUCAGAGCAGAGUGCAGGAGCUACAUCCGGAGAGCGGUGAGGAAGCAGUGAGCCUUGUGGAAGAUAUGCAGAGAGAGCUUGGAAAAUUGAGGCAACAGGUCACAAACCAUGGGCUGGGAACAGAAGUGCUUUCGGAGGAGCCUUUGUCUUUGGAAACAGAACGAAAGUCACCGAGCUUCAAGCUGGAGCCAGUGGAGACUGAGCGAAGCCCUGGGCCCCGGCUGCAGGAGCUGCUAGGCCCCAGCCCUAAAAGGGACCCACAGGCUAUAAAGGAGAGGGCAUUAUCUGCUCCCUGGCUUUCUCUCUUUCCUCCCGAAGGAAACUUGGAAGACAAGAUGACUGGGCCCCAGUUGCCUGAGAGCUUAGAGGACGUGGCUAUGUACAUCUCCCAGGAGGAGUGGGGGCAUCAGGAUCCUAGUAAGAGGGCUGUCUCCAGGGACACGGUGCAGGAGAGUUAUGAGAAUGUGGACUCACUGGAAUCUCAGGUUUCCAAUCAGGAGGCCCUGAGCACUCAGGUGGAACAAGGAAGAAAACCUUGGGAUCCCAGUGUCCAGAGAUGCAAGGAGGGACUGAACCCCAGAAGCCCCACUUCAGGGGAAGAGAAAUUUGAGAUUCGGGAAGAAAGUACUCAGUCUAUUUCCCCUGAGAGCAUCCAUCUGCAGGUGCUUCUGCCUGGCCAGGUCAGAGGGGAGGUGCCCUGGAGUCCUGAGCAGGGACGGCCUGGGGACAGGGCAGAAGGGCAUUGGGAGCCUCCCCCAGAUGAUCGGAUGGAGCAGUCCUUAGUGGGGGCCACAAGUUGCAGAGAAGUGGGACAACCAAAGGAACUGCAGCGGAAGAAGCUCCACUUAUGUCCCUUAUGUGGCAAAAAUUUCUCUAACAACUCAAACCUGAUUAGGCACCAGAGAAUACAUGCAGCAGAAAGGCUGUGUAUGGGUGUGGAGUGCAGUGAAAUCUUUGGUGGGAGCCCCCACUUUUUAUCACUACACAGAGCACACUUGGGAGAGGAAGCCCAUAAGUGCCUUGAAUGUGGAAAAAGCUUCAGUCAGAAUACCCACCUGACUCGCCAUCAACGCACCCACACAGGUGAGAAGCCCUAUCAAUGUAAUGUAUGUGGAAAAAGCUUCUCUUGCAACUCCAACCUCCACAGACACCAGAGAACACACACUGGUGAAAAGCCCUAUAAGUGCCCUGAGUGUGGGGAGAUCUUUGCUCACAGUUCCAAUCUCCUUAGGCACCAGAGAAUUCACACGGGAGAGAGACCCUAUAAGUGUGCUGAGUGUGGAAAAAGUUUUUCUCGCAGUUCCCACCUUGUCAUACAUGAAAGAACUCAUGAGAAAGAGAGGCUUUACCCCUUCUCUGAGUGUGGUGAAGCAGUGAAUGACAGCAGCCCCUUUCUUACAAAUCAUGGAACUCACAAGGCAGAGAAGAAACUCUUUGAAUGUUUGACUUGUGGGAAAAGCUUCCGACAGGGCAUGCAUCUCACCAGACAUCAGAGAACGCACACAGGAGAGAAACCAUAUAAGUGUACCCUUUGUGGAGAAAACUUUUCUCAUAGAUCCAACUUAAUCAGGCACCAGAGAAUUCACACGGGAGAGAAACCCUAUACCUGUCAUGAAUGUGGAGACAGUUUCUCUCACAGCUCCAAUCGAAUUCGUCAUCUAAGAACCCAUACAGGAGAGAGACCCUAUAAAUGUUCUGAGUGUGGAGAAAGCUUUUCUCGGAGUUCACGCCUUAUGAGUCAUCAGAGAACUCACACUGGAUAAAAAACCAUGGGGUUUCAUUUUGCCCCAGGUAAGGUGGCAUAUUCAGAGGAUCCUGUUAAGAGUUGGUAUUUCUUUCCCUGCUGACAUAAAGAGUAACAGGGAUGAGUGUGUGUGGUGGUCUAUAUGAGGGAGGUGCAGAGACAGCAAAGGAUUUGCAUAAAACUAAAAAGGAAUUCUGUUUGGACUAGUGAGGGUGACAGGUCUUUGAGGUGACCUGCUCAGGGCAGAAUUCUCUGUGAAGUCCAUUUUGUCUCAUAGUGUACCUACCCACUUCAUAUAUUUAGCCAAGUUGUGAUUUGGAUGCCUUACUGUGUCUGUGUUCAGUGUCUUCCCAGCAACUUUGGGAAUCCAUGUGACUUUGUUACUGCUUCCUCACUUGGGACAUUCAGUAGGAGCAUUUGAGCUCCUGAGGCCCUUGAGACCAAAGAAGAGGGGGUGAGUCUCAUGAGAAACCAGCUUGAGGGCAAGGAAAGACUGAUGGUAAGUUGUACCUUUCCCAAAGGCCCUGAUGGGUAAGCAAGCCAUAGUGCCCCUCAGUGGCCUGACAGGAGGGCCCAUUGGCAGGCCAUGCAUAUCAGUGUCACCUCAGAAAAAAUGGACCUGGAAACCUAAGGAAGAUAGUAAGAAGUAAUUUGCAGGUCAGCCUAGGAAUUGGCAAAGGGUGCUGGAGUCCAAAUUAGUCUACCCUUUGCAGAGAUCAAGAGUUCCUCCACCUUUGUCAGAGAAAGAUAUACAGAGCUCCAGAGUCUUCAAGGGGCUCCAUAUAAGAUGGGUUCCCUAGAAGACUUUGAAAAUGUGGAUAAUAGGAAAAUUAGGAAUCAUGCCUUUUCUUGUUGGAAAUGUUUCAAUGGUAAUAAAUAUCUUCAGGAAA